AUGGCUCUUAUACAAAGAUUCCUUGUUCUUAUUCCCCUAUUCUUCUCAUUUAUUACUAUUGUUCUGAUUAACUUGGUGCUAUUUGCUGGUAACCAGCAGGGGUUCAUGGAGGAUUAUGCCAUAAUUAGGUUCAAUACAUCCGUGCUUGGCCAAACCAUCGUCAGAAAUAGCGACAGUGACAAUAAUAAGAGCAUCGUCGGCAAGAAUCUGGCUAGAGACAGUCUUGAUGACAGUCUUGAUGAUUUAUUUAACGACUUGACCGCAAACAUGGCUGCACUCCUUGGCAUUAGCGACUGGUAUUCUAUCCACAUUACAAACGCUUGCCAAGGUGAAUUCGUGCAUAACGCAACUUCUUAUGGCUCUCUCAAUACCACCAGUUGCACUCAUUUAUCUCGCUCAAACCAAUUCAACUUUACUAGAAUACUUAACCAAGAGAUGACCGCCGGACCCUUUGGUCUUGGCCUUGCCGACAUUAACUGGCCUGAUGCUAUUCAAGAUAAAAUUAACAACUUUAACAAUGCUUUACUGGCCUUUUAUAUAUUCUUCAUCAUAGGCGUUAGUUCUAGCGGCGUCUCUAUGCUGGCAGGUGUUUUAGUAUUUUUCUUUGGAGACAAAAGGAUUAUGCUUUUUGCAAAUAUAAUCCCGACAACUCUUGCUGCUAUAAUAAUUACGCUUGGCUGUAUUAUUAUUACAGCAGCUUCUUCUAUUGCUGUUAAUGCUAUCAACAAAGCUGGCGCCAAAAUUACCUUGGUGGCUGAUAAAGGUGUAAACUUUUAUAUUAUCUCUUGGACUGCUGCUGUUUUUAUAAUACUUUCUACUCUAUUUUGGAUAACUAGGCUUGCAAUACUGCGGAAGAAGGAAAAGGAGGGCUAUAAAAAUUUUUAAUUCAACGUUUAGUAUUCGUCCU